CAUCUGUUCAGAGGCUGUGGUAUAAUAUCUGAACGAAACUACGCCCGAACUGAAUUAGAUUGUACUUCGGCAUAAAAUUUUACAAUUAGUAUUUAUAAAUUUUCAAUGAAAUACUAGAAUUACAUUCAAGUAAUUUCAAAAGUAAAUUAGUUUUUGUGUAAUUUGUCGCUUUAAGAUUUUUGUCUCAACUGUUCAACAACUUCGACGAAAAUGAUCGCAUUAUUAAUUUUAUUUGGCAUUAUAAGUUCCUCUAUCGGAUACCCUUCAGUUGAUAAAGCGGAUCCAUCGACAAACGACGUCACCACUUACGAUUUUCGUUAUGUGACGAGGGCAGAGUGGCAAGCAAAAACGCCAGUCCAGACGACACCUUUAAAAACUCCCGUGCCGUAUGUCGUGAUCCAUCACACGUACAUCCCGGGCGCCUGUCACACUAGAGAACAGUGCAGUAGCGCCAUGAGGGGCAUGCAGAAUUAUAAUAUGAUAGAUAAUAACUGGUGGGACAUCGGGUACAAUUUCGCAGUGGGAGGCGACGGCGCUGUCUAUGAAGGCCGAGGAUGGACCGAUCGAGGGGCACAUUCGCUACAUUUCAAUAAUAUCAGUAUUGGAAUAUCUUUUAUUGGAGACUACCGAUUCACCGUUCCAUCGGUGGAACAAAUCGCAGCUGCUAAAUCGCUGAUUGCGACCGGAGUGGAACUCGGCUUCGUGAAACCGGCUCACAAGAUUAUCGGACACAGGCAGGUCAGGAGGACCGCCUGCCCCGGAGACGCUUUGUACGAGCUCAUCAAAACUUGGGACAAGUAUUCACCUUUCCCGGGUUCCAUUGACGAUCUAGAUAACGUAGAGGAACUGAAGAAAUACUGAUUAAUAGUGUUAUAAAUCAUUUAAUUUCCCUUACAGGAAAAAAGGGACAAUUUUAUAAUAUUUUGAAAGAUUUAUUACAAUUUAUUUAAAAAGAUAACUUAAAUUUUGUUUCUUUAAAUAAAAUAUCACUCUCAGUUAUUAUUAA